CAGAACACAUUCGUUUAAUAGGACCAACUCUGAAGAUGCUAAAUCCCUUGCAAUUGUUGCAAGAGCUAAAUGAAAGCUCCUCCUUUUUGCAACCUUUGGCCUUCACACUGCUGGCCAUUUUCCUUGUCCUCCUAUACACAUGGUACUCUUCGACUAAAACCACCACCCAAAAAUCAACACAACCACCUUCUCCGCCAAAGCUACCUAUCAUUGGAAACCUUCACCAGAUAGGCUCGUACCCUCAUCGCACACUUCAAGCCUUGUCCCAACGCCAUGGCCCUCUCAUGCUUCUCCACUUUGGAAGUGUCCCGGUGCUUGUUGUCUCUUCAGCUGAGGCAGCCCGGGAGAUCUUGAAAACUCAUGACCUCGCGUUUUCUGAUCGACCCAAGUCCACCAUCUUUGAGAAGCUUCUCUACAACUACAAAGAUGUCGCAAGCGCGCCGUAUGGUGAGUAUUGGAGGCAGGUGAGAAGUAUAUGUGUUUUAAAUCUUUUGAGCAACAGAAGGGUUCGGUCUUUUCGUUCUGUGAGGGAAGAGGAAACCAAAUCCAUGAUCAGAAACAUAAAGGGCUCAUCAUCAUCUGUUUUGAAUCUAAGUGAAAUGUUUGUGAGGCUUACUAAUGAUGUAGUAUGUAGAGUGGCUCUAGGGAGGAAGUACAGUGAAGGAGAAGGCGGGGAAAGUGGGAGGAUGUUUAAGGAGAUUUUAGGGGAGUUCGGUGACUUACUGGGAACUGUUAAUAUUGGGGACUAUGUCCCAUGGCUUUCUUGGUUGAGCCAUGUCAAUGGUUUGGGAGCCAAGUUAGACAAGGUGGCUAAGCAGUUGGAUGACUUUAUAGAUACAGUGGUUCAAGAGCAUAUGAACCACAGUUCAAGGAGUGGAGAUGAUAACCAAGAGGAUUUUUUGGACAUUUUGCUUGCAAUUCAGAAAGAAAACUCGGCUGGCAUUCCUAUUGAUAGAGUUAGCGUAAAGGGUAUCAUCUUGUUCAGUUUGCCAUGGCUGUUAAUGAAAUUGCCUUAGCAAACAUCGUGCACAAGUUCGAUUGGGCAUUGCCCGAUGAAGCAAGUGGGGAGGAUUUAGACAUGACAGAAACCACUGGUUUAACCGCACAUAAAAAAUAUCCUCUCAAAGCUGUUGCUUUUCCACACUUCUAAGUUGAGAAAUAGGGAGGGUAGUUUCAUAUUAUUGUCUAAGGCUCUAAGAGUAUCCACAA